AUGUCAUCAAUUGCUAUUGUAUGUUCGUGUUGUUGCUGUGGCGGUCUGGAGACGCCUGAGCAGCUGUGCGACCACGUUUCGACUGUUCAUGGAUGCCCGGCGCCGAUCUACGAACAGACCUUCGAAGACGAAUCGCAGUUGCAGAAGAAAGAAAGCCGCCGCUGGACAUGGGAGUCUCCCAACGACAUAACUCAUGCUGAGGUCGACCGUAUUCUGACAAACAGAAAAUGGUGCUUACUUGAGAAAUCGGUAGGCUCAUCAUUCUGUACUGCUUCCGAUCACCGCCUUCUUCGUGUAAAAACUCGAUUCAUCUGCAAGCUAGAAAAGAACUCUCUUCAUCGACCACAAGGAGAAAGUCUAGCUGUAUACGAAGAGAACAUUCUGAGCGAAGUCCUGUCCAAACGUGACUGGCAGAUUAAAGAAGACCCGACCGAAGACUACGAGCCGCUCGUCGAAAGACUGAAAAGCUGUGCCGAAUUCGCCUCAGUUCCUCAAGCAAGAAGAUCGGAUUGCAUCUCCAUCACUACUAAGGAGUUACUCGAAAAGAGAAGGAAACUGAAGCUUGAUCCUAGAAGACUUACAACGGUACAAGCAGAAGAAAAUACUGGAAGCAGCAGAGAAAAGAAGCAAUCUAAAAAAAUGCCGUCGGCGUGGCUUUCUGAGGUCGAAGAUUGCCGUACCGAAGGUGGGUACGUUGGUUCCGAAGAAGGACCAUCUGAUCAAGAGAAGGAGUACUAUCUUCUAUGUCGAGUUCGUUUAUCGCCAAGGUUGAAAAGGCGUCGUCUUUCGGAAUCGAUCAGAUUUUCUGAAGCUGAUUGCAGCACGGUAUCGUGUACAGCGUUCAUUCAUGUUAUGGAGAGGAUUGACGGAUCAGACAUGAAGCGUACCUCACUAAGGCUGAAAAACGCAGUUGACGAUAACAGUACUGGUAACGAUGUGAAUGCGGUUCUUGCUGAUUUAGCCGUCGAUAUUCAUGCGUUCAAGGAGCGACAAUGUGCCAUUGUGAACUGA